GGGGUGCUGGCUCCAACUGGAAAGGAACCAGUCCCAGCCCAGCCAGGGAGCUGCGAGCGAGCCGGCAGCGCUGGGGAGAGCGAGCCCUGGGCCCUGCUCCCGGCCCGCCGCCUCCCGCCCCGACGGCGUGGGACGGCCCCGCCAUGGGCACGGCGCCCCGCAGUGGGUCUGUGAAGGCAGGGAAGAUGCCAGAAGGGGAGAAGACGAGGCAGUGCAAGCAGGAAGCGGAGCAGCAGCAGAAGGAAGAUGAGCAGGAGGGCCUCAUCGAAUUCUAUGGUUCCUACCAGGAACUCUUUCAGUUCUUCUGUAGCAACACGACCAUCCACGGAGCUAUCCGCCUGGUGUGCUCUAAAAAGAACAAGAUGAAAACGGCCUUCUGGUCUGUCCUCUUCUUUCUCACCUUCGGCUUAAUGUACUGGCAGUUUGGAAUCCUCUACAGGGAGUACUUCAGCUACCCUGUCAACCUCAACCUCAACCUCAACUCGGACAGGCUAACUUUCCCUGCAGUGACGCUGUGCACACUCAACCCAUACAGGUACAGUGCCAUCCGGAAGAAGCUGGACGAACUGGACCAAAUCACCCAUCAGACACUGCUGGACCUUUAUGACUAUAACAUGUCCCUGGCACGAAGUGACGGGUCAGCGCAGUUCUCGCGAAGGCGCACCUCGAGGAGCCUGCUCCAUCAUGUUCAGCGCCAUCCUCUGCGGAGGCAGAAGCGGGAUAACUUGGUCAGCUUGCCAGAAAACAGUCCCUCAGUGGACAAGAAUGACUGGAAAAUUGGCUUUGUUCUGUGCAGUGAAAACAAUGAGGAUUGUUUCCAUCAGACCUAUUCCUCAGGAGUGGAUGCAGUGCGGGAAUGGUACAGCUUUCACUACAUCAAUAUCCUGGCACAGAUGCCUGAUGCGAAAGACCUGGAUGAGUCUGACUUUGAGAAUUUCAUUUAUGCUUGCCGCUUCAAUGAAGCAACAUGUGACAAGGCGAAUUACACCCACUUCCACCAUCCCUUGUAUGGGAACUGCUACACCUUCAAUGACAACAGCACCAGCCUGUGGACAUCUUCUCUGCCUGGGAUCAAUAAUGGCCUCUCUCUGGUGGUGCGCACCGAGCAGAAUGAUUUCAUCCCUCUGUUGUCAACUGUAACUGGAGCCAGGGUCAUGGUCCACGAUCAGAAUGAGCCAGCCUUCAUGGAUGAUGGGGGUUUCAAUGUGCGUCCAGGUAUUGAGACCUCCAUCAGCAUGAGGAAGGAGAUGACUGUGCGUCUUGGGGGCAGUUACAGCGACUGUACAGAGGAUGGCAGUGAUGUGCCAGUGCAAAAUCUGUACUCAUCUCGCUACACUGAACAGGUCUGCAUUCGUUCCUGCUUUCAGCUCAACAUGGUAAAGCGCUGCUUCUGUGCAUAUUAUUUUUAUCCCUUACCCGACGGAGCAGAGUAUUGUGACUACACAAAGCACGUCGCUUGGGGCUACUGCUAUUACAAACUCCUUGCUGAAUUCAAAGCUGAUGUGCUGGGCUGCUUCCGCAAAUGUCGGAAACCUUGCAAAAUGACAGAAUACCAGCUCUCAGCUGGAUACUCUCGCUGGCCUUCUGCUGUCUCAGAGGAUUGGGUUUUCUACAUGCUUUCACAACAGAACAAAUACAAUAUAACAUCCAAGAGGAAUGGAGUUGCAAAAGUGAAUAUCUUUUUUGAGGAAUGGAACUACAAGACCAAUGGGGAGUCACCAGCCUUUACAGUAGUGACUCUCUUGUCCCAGCUUGGGAAUCAGUGGAGUCUCUGGUUUGGAUCCUCUGUCCUAUCCGUGAUGGAGCUUGCAGAGCUGAUUCUGGAUUUCAUUGUCAUCACUUUCAUCCUGGCCUUCCGCUGGUUCCGCUCCAAGCGGUGGCACUCCUCCCCAGCACCCCCUCCAAAUAGCCACGAUAACACCGCCUUCCAAGACGAGGCAUCAGGACUUGGUGCUCCACACCGCUUCACUGUUGAGGCUGUAGUGACCACACUGCCAUCUUACAACAGCCUGGAACCAUGCGCACCAAGCAAGGAUGGUGAGAUGGGACAUGAGUGAGGCAGCAGUUUAUCUCACAAUUCAGUUAGAUGGCAGUCAGAGCAGAAGCUGUAUGCUUUCUCUGUGGGACCUAGCUUUCUUUCUUUUUAGGACGCUCUGCCUGGAUCAUAGCGGAACACUGUACUGUGGUUGGCCUAGGUUAAUUGCUUUUACUAUCAUAUGAAUUCUUCAGUCUUGUAAAACACUACUGCUCUUGGGAUCACCAGGGAUGAGAGUCAAUCCAGUAUUUGCAAAGGGGAGAUGUCAACUUGGCUUCCUUAUAGUUCUUACAUGUGCACGUGUUUUUUCCUCUGCAACAAAGAUGCUGCUGCAGUCCUCAUCUGCUGUUAAUUAAAGAGGUUUGGCAGGUGUGACUGGCCUUCUCAGUGGUAUGACAAGGGACCAAAAUGGAGUUUCAGCAGGGGUGUAAGUCUCUCAACAGGCCAAGCCUUAAACUUCCUCUAAGGUUGGAAACUGUUUGCUCUUCCCUACUUCUUAACAGCCAGCUCUGAUCUCUAGACCAAGCUGCACAUACCGCCUUCUCUCAGAGGAGAGGCUGCCUGUAUAUUCUCCAGAGCUACUGCCAGUCUCAGUCCAUAUGGUUCACAGUAGCCAAGGAAGAUGGUUGAGGUUUGUGGCUGUUCUCAGAUCAGGACAAAAAAGCAGCUCACAGUGCAUUGGUAGAGCUUAGCAGUAUAACAAUCUCCUUCCCAGUGAUACACCAUACAUAUAUAGAUUCAGCCAUUUGUCUGCCAGAGGGUUCAGGAUGAACUGAACUCUACAUUUUGCUCAGCCCAGAGUGGGCCCUCUUACUCAGCUAAGGAUUAUAAAACAGAACUGCUACAGGCUUUAAUCUAAGAUGAUUUCAGGGAAAGCUUUGGCCUGAUCAAAAGGACCACACAGACAGACCUCUAGAAGAGGACUGUCUCCUCAGUUUAAGGAACUAUUUAGGGAUCUCAGCAUAAAAGCAUACACCUUAUCUCUUGCAGAAAGCUUGCCUUCUACAACAUCAUAGCCUUCCACUGGCAAUAGUGUUUACACAGCAAUUUAUGUGAUGUCAAAGAGAGCAAGGGUGACGUCCUUAACAAACAGGAAUAUCCACUUAACUGGACACAGAUACCAGAAUUAAAGCAUACAGUUUUGACAGAUCCAUGUACAUAAUCAUACUGCAAACAGCCCCCUCUUCUGAAUUUAGAAACUAGUCAAAGAAAAACUUAGAUACUUUAAAAAUUUAAGGUAGGUGGCCCACACUUGGAAACCUGCAGAACUUCACUACAAAUAUGUAUUUGUUGCCUAGUUCUCCCCAUGGAUUUUAAACAUGCCUGUUGUACCGCUGUUGCCUUGAUUACUUAAGUGCAAUUCUCACUUCCUAGCAGAAUGAUUUUAUUCCUCACAGGCAUGAACACGAUACUCAAAUCUUAGUUUUUCAAACUUCAUCCCAGUGCUCUGCUGAUCCUUUCUGUUUGAGGGAAGAAAUGCUGUUUUUCUACUGGGAAUAGAAGCGAGCAAUUGGCAGGGUGAGGUCAAAGGGCAUUAGCUGUCAUUGGCAUCCUUGUUCUUCAGAUUGACAGGAGGGAGAGCCCUGCAACCAUGGGCACUUAGAGGCAUGGGUACUGAGAAGCCUCCAUUGUAAAAAAAAAAAAAAAAAAAACUUCUACAAGUGUUUAAAAGAAAAACAAAACACUAAAACACCCACCGUAAAGUUGACUCAAUACAGGGAUUUUUCUGCAAAAACAUGCUGGCUAAGAAGCAAAGUUAAGAGCUAGAUUAGUGACUAAAACAAAAAAAAUACUUGAAUGACAAUUAAAGCAGUCAGAAAGAU